UAUCCCGGAAGUGAAGCUGUUUUUCUUUUACAUCAACGCUGUCAAUAUCUCAGCAGCCGGAAGAAUUCUUCAUGUCAACCGAGCAACCUUCAGGAUGACUGACGUGUUGCCAGUGGUGGUGGUCCACGGAGGGGCGGGUCACAUCCCGAAGGAGCGGUCUGAAAGGUCCACUUCGGGGGUGUGCUCAGCAGCCCGAGCGGGGUACGUUAUCCUCCAGGGAGGGGGCAGCAGCAUGGACGCUGUGGUAGGGGCUGUGACGGAGCUGGAGAAUAACCCCUCCUUCAACGCAGGCUGUGGGUCAGUGCUGAACAUCAAAGGAGAUGUGGAGAUGGAUGCCUUUGUGAUGGAUGGGAAAUCACUGGGUAGUGGUGCCGUGUCUGCUGUACGCAACAUAGCUAACCCCAUCCAGCUAGCAAGACUGGUUAUGGACAAGACGAGUCAUGUGUGUCUGACAGCAGAGGGGGCCGGUCAGUUUGCCCGGUCUAUGGGCGUCCCUGAGGUGCCCCAAGAGUCCCUCAUCACCGAGUACUCCCACAUGCGCUGGAAAAAGAACCUGGAACCUGAUGCCAACCCUGUGGAGUGCCAAAUGGGGAAGAUGGGCACGGUUGGAGCCGUGGCAGUGGAUAGCGAGGGCAACGUAGCCUGUGCAACCUCCACUGGUGGGAUCCUGAAUAAGAUGGAGGGUCGGGUGGGCGACACACCCUGCGUAGGCUGUGGAGGCUACGCUGACAACAGCUCAGGAGCAGUGUCAACUACAGGACACGGAGAAGCCAUCAUGAAGGUUAUUCUAGCCCGACUCAUCCUGUUCCACGUGGAGCAAGGUCAGUCAGUAGAGGCAGCCAGUGACUUAGGCCUGGCCUACAUGAAGUCCAGAGUGGAUGGGCUGGGCGGGGUGGUGACAGUGGACCCUCAGGGCCACUGGGCCGCUCACUUCUCCAGCCGGCAGAUGGCGUGGGCCGCAGCCCAGAAGGACACCCUACACUACGGCCUGUACACCGGGGAACACUUCACCCAGAGCAUCGAUUAGCCGCACUGACACUAAACACAACCCAUACGGCUUUCUUUGUUUUAUAAGGCUGUAAUUUUGCACUAGUGAGACAAAAAAGUACUUAAGUCACGAAUAAUCCUACUUAAUACUAAUAACAAAUCAGUAUUGAUUAAAUCUACAAUCUAAUACAGCACUAGAGCGGCACAGAGAUGUUAUUGAUUGAUUGACUGUGCAAUGUGACUCACAGAAAGGCUCUACUGAUCAGACUCCAUCAUGAAAGUAUUUCCUGCAUGCAGGCAGCUUGUGAUUUCCCUUCAGUACACACUGACAGGACGUCCUGAGGAGCUCACUGACCUUCGACCUGGAGUUGUGUCACACUGUGGGAGGUGGAUGAUCCGAUAGUGUUGACACAACAGUGACUGGACUGAGCUGAAUUUGUAUUAACAUCAAACCAACUUGUUUUAGCACAAAUCAUCAGCUUUUAGUGGAGCUGUCUCCAUAACAAACAGUUUGAAUCAUUAAAAACAAGAAAAGCCACAUUGGCAGCCAAAAUGUAACUGAGGACUGAUCCAAUAAUCUGAAAAUGUCUAUAUGAUUUUUACAGGUCUUGAUUGGAUUAAUGAAGUUUUUUUUUUUUUCACAACAAUUUGUAUUGAUCAUGCUGUAAGAACUAACCAAUACUGUUUUUCCUUCAUACUUUUUUGCCAGUAUGGAUAUAAAAUAGGUCUUAACUUGCAUUCAUAAUGGUCUUAAAAAGUCUUAAAUUGAACCAGUUGGAACCUGCAGAAACCUACUUGAAAGAUUAUACAUGAACUUUUUCUACACAGUAUUUUCAAAUUAAAUAAAAAAAAAUUUGUGUGAUUUUCAAAUUGACCUUUUGAAAGAAAUCCUUCAUUAAAGUUUUAUUAUUAGAUGAAAAAUGAGCACUUUGUAAUCAUCUUCCUGUGUAAUAAAGUAUGUAUUAUUUCAGAGUCCCUCCAGGAGAUUGUUGCUGCUUAAAAUGCCUGAUUUCACUGCAGCUGUUCUUAAAUAUUGCGACACAUGUUACAAUGUUUUUAUUUUAUUUUAUUUUUGCGGGGGAGAAAGUUAGAAUUGCAAAAAUAUUUGCGAUUAUUAUAAUUUUUUUGUGUAAUUCAUUAAAAAUCAAAGGCAACCUGCUCCAGUGAGAAUAAAAUCAAAACUAGAGAUACUGUGAAAGUGUUAAGUACAAAGUUGGAACCGGAGCCAGUAUUUGUGAAGUGCUGCUGAUCAGAUGAUGAUUGUUAAUGCUGAAGCUCUGUCUUAUAAAAACACUGAUUGUUGACAAUAAAUGGCAGUAAUCUCUGA